ACUUCUGUUUUCUUUAUAUCCACCUAAAUAACAACAGAUUAGAUAAGAUACAGGCCUUAAAAUAUUAGUGAUUUCGAUUUCGCAUCAAAUCGAAUCCCUAUCUCAUUACAAAUGUGAACAUUAAAAAUGAAAUUUAACGCAACAUAUUUUCGUAGUAAAUCAGGCGUACUUAGUUCCGCUUUAUUGUUUUUAUUAUUAAUUAGUUUUAUAUGUAUAGUGGCAACUGGACAAAGUUCAGGAACACAAGCCGCUUUUCUAAUAGCAACAAUCGUAGGAUUUAUUGUCACGGGAUUUUUUAUGGCAGUUAGGUUAUUUGGUUUAGAUGAAACUUUCAAGUUACCAUGGGUUUUUUAUGAAUUUAUCUAUGUGAUUAUUUGGGCAAUCUUCUUUUUGGUAGUUGCAGCUUUAGCGUUAGAUUUUGGAGGAAGUUAUAUUGCGGCAGGAAUAUUUGGUCUUUUUACUUGUUUUGUGUACAUUGCAAAAAUUGCUUUUAUUUAUAUGACAGAAGUGAUUAAGCAAAAUGAAACACCACCUCCAUAUCCAACAAUUUAGGUAAUUCUUUGGAAUAAUUUUUGUAAAAAGCUACGAUCUGUUCUUAAAAGAAUUCUGUUUUAUUAAUUCAUAGUAUCUGAAGCUACGAUGCUAAUGUAUUCCUUUUACCUGGGGUAACACUUUAAUUUUACGAGCUGUUAAAAGAAAUAAACAAAACAUUUUAAUAUAAA